AUGUCAACAUUAACACAAAGAGCAUUAAGGUCAACUACAAGGUUCACAAAUAUCAAUACACAGAGAUGUCUGUUCAAUCAACGUUCAAGAUUCUAUUCAAACAACAACAACAAUAACUUUAAGAAUACAUCAUCGUCAUCAAGGAUUGGAUGGAUUGUUGGUGCAGGUAUCGUUGUAGCUGCCACUACAUCCGUGGCCAUUGCUGCUGAUGAGCAAUCAUCAUUCGACAAGUCACAGACAUUGAGAGAGAAGAUCGUCAACAGAUACCAAGACAAGAUCAGAGAGUACAGCACCCCAGAGAAGAUCUUCCAAACCUUUGCCUCUGUCAAAAAGAAUGGCGAGUCAUUCAUGACAUUGGAUGACUUUGUAAGAGCCAUCUUGCCAAGCCAGUUCAGAGAGUCAACACAGACAUCACUCAAGGGACUGCCGUUGAAUGUUAGGAAUGUGCCACUGUCGUUCCAGAUCGCAGAUAUUGAUGGAGAUGGACUCAUUUCAUUCAGUGAGUUCAUCUUCUUCUCCACACUGCUCUCGAUCCCCGAGAAGAGUGUAGAGAUCGCCUUCCAGAUUAUGGACGUCAACCACGACAACUCGAUCGAUGUCAACGAGUUCACCAAGAUAUUCAAGCUGCUCAAGAACCAGAGUGCCUUUGCCUCGACCUCCACCUCGAGCAAGGCACUACUCUCACAGGGCUGGGUCAACUAUCUCUUUGGCAAGCAUGGCGACAACUCGCUGUCAGUGGAGAGGUUCAAGCUGCUGCUGGACCAGGUCAGACGUGAUGUGCUCCAGCUCGAGUUCAACAUGUACGAUACCACAGGUUCUGGCUUCAUCUCUCAGCGUGACUUUGGUCGUCUGAUCGCCUCCUACAGCAACUUUGGCCAGAGGGAUCAAUACCUAAAGGCCAUUACCUCAUUGCCUGCCACUGUAACAACUCAGAACAAGGGUAUUUCCUUUGAUCAGUUUGUUUCAUUCAACAAGAUCCUUAACAAGCUUGAUGAAGUUGGACUCUCGAUCGACUUGUACAAGGGCAUCAACCAGCCAUUCACCAAGAAUGAGUUCAAGUAUGUGUCUAAGGUGAUCGCAUCGUUUGAGCCAUCCAAGGAGAUGGUGGACACUAUCUACACCAUAUUCGACUCGGACAACAAUGGUGACCUGUCCAAGGAUGAGUUUGUCGAGGUGAUGAAGCGCAGAAAGUACAGAGGUUUGGAGAAUAAUCGUGACUCUGGAUUCAUUGCCAGACUUGAAAAGGUCUACCAAGUAAUCAUUGGUAAACUCUAA